AUGGCCAAGCGACCUCUCAUCACCUACUCUCAUGGCCGCAAAUCUGCUUCCAAGAGAGGACGUUGGGUCGACCUCACCACCGACGACGACGACUUCAUCUCCGCCAGCAUCGACAUGGGCUUCGUUCCAAACACCCUCUCCAACGAUAAAUUGAUCCCCACGAGGCCAACUUCACAAGCCGCCGCCAUGGCAUCCGAGCCCUCGGAUGAGUCCAUUGGCAACGUCGUGGCCUUCACUGGAUGCACACCAUCAGUUGCCACCAGGGCACUCAGAGUGAAGAACAACAAUGUCGAUGCUGCUAUGAAUGCCGUCCUUGAUAAUGAGGAUCUGGAGAAGUUGGAGAGAGAUUUGGGCUGGAACGAGGGCUUGAUGAGCAAUGUGCAACCAUUUGGAGCCAGUGCGGCACCUACCAGAGGGAACUCGCCAGUAGGCUCUAUGCAGCCUAAUACUCAGGAUGAAGCAGACCACCAAAUGGCCGCUGCCUUGGCGGCCUCGCAGCAGGAGACAGGCGUAGUGACUGCAGACGGUACUAACAUGAUUGGACCAUCAAAUCGAAACGAUCCCAGUAAUCAAUGGGCGAUGGUGCUACACGGUGCCCAAGAAGUGCUGGGUGAUGCGGAGAUAGGGAAGCGGGUGCAGGAAAAGGACGCAGUGGAGCCACGCCUUCUGAAACACCUCACCGAUGGUGACUAUACGCCCAACUUCCUCACCAUCUGUCAUGAAAUCCCAGCAGCACGAGAGGCACUUUUGUUGAAAAGCUGGGUCAAGGAUGAGUACGGAUAUGACGAGGGUUGGUGGAGAGGACAGCCCAUUCCUACGCCUACCGUGGUGCAUGUCGCGGACGGAUCUUCGGCCGCAACACCAACCGACAAGCAAGAGGAGCUUAUUGCCGAGCUGCAACGUUUGAUGGUAUUUCUUGGUCACAGCGACAGGAUUUACGCCUCGACAGGAGGACUCACCGAGACGAAGAUGAUCAAGGAGCAUAAUUUGAGUGACGGCUCUCUAUUGGAGCUCGUCUUGAAGAGCUGGACUGCUGCUGCUGCAAACAAGAACCCUGCUGUAUCUGAUAUGUUCACUACAAAGAUGGGCACCAAUUCCAAGGAGGGCAUGGACACACCCUACAUGCCAGUGGCCGAGAUCACCGUUCUGUCCGACCAAAGCUCCAAGAAAUACCUGUCCGAGCUCCUGGACGACCUCAUCUGGUCUCAAGAUCUUGCAGACGACAAUUACAUGGAGCGGCCUGCCGAUGUUCUCAUCAUCAAUUUGAAGCAAGCAGAUCCUGAAAUGAAGCAGCUCAACGUAGACGUGCCUGCGUCUUUCUACAUGGACAAAUAUCUCGAGGAGAAUCUAGAAUCGUCAAGGAUACUCCGUCGUGACAUGAUGCAAGCGCGGCACAAGCUUGAAAGGGUUGAAGCCGUCGAAAAGAAACUUACAACUUGGUCUUUUCGUGAUUCGAAAAAGGCGGAGAAGGAGGCGGCCAAGCUCGAACAAGGGGCGAAGGGCAAGGAUCAGGUUGGGUCGAAAGAGUCUGCGAAGGUGUCUCAUCCUGUCAUCGGGGAGGACAACGCUGAAAUCAAAGUCAAGGAUCUGUUCGCUCACUCAAUUGCUCAUUUUUCUGGCGAGAAUCGCGAGGAAGCAGACGCUUCUGACACUCCCCUCCAGCCCGACCUGCCUGAAUUCCCCGAGAUCGCCGCCAAGCUGGAGCGGGUAAUGUUGAACAUUGAAUUCAAGUUGAGAGAGCUUGCUGUCCUCAAGGAAAAGACGCGCAGCAUGCUGUCUGACCUCUCAAAAUCAACGCCUUCAACAAAACAUCAAUACACUCUACGUGGCGUCGCAACCAAACCUAGCAUUACAUACGUGUUGAGCGCAAAGCCCAGCCCAGAUGUUGAGAUGGUCGGACAAGCUGCUACCAAGCUAGUCGAUGUGGACGACAACACACCGGCAGGCAUGCAAUGGUGGCGACUAGCCUACGAGUCCAGCGGAAGCAACGCAGCCAUUCGUCGUACCCCAGCCGCAGACUAUGACGUCUUACGCGCCGUAGAGCUCGAGCAUACCUCUGCGCUGCUUGUAUACGCAAGUGACCGCGCAAUUGCACCCAUACCAGACUCCUUCUCUGAUAUACCGGAACCACUCAAACAAUUCAUCACGCGUGAUAACCAUCAAGCCAACCUUGAGUUGACAGCUGCGAGGCGCCCUAACCCUGACUUCACCUACUUCGAUCAAGUUAGAGACUCGAUCGAGCCACCAGAUAGCCGCAGAGGUAGUGACAGCAGCUUGAACGUGAACGGCCGGCCAUCACCAUCACCGCCGUCACCGCCAGUGGAUGAGAUCUUCUUAGACCCACCGGAGGAGGAUAGCGCUGGGGUUGUGGAAAUGGCGCAAACGGAACAUUCGAAACCGCUGACGCUGGGUGAUACGGCUAUGGGUGGACUCUCCGAAAGCCAGGGCGCCGGUGCUGAAGGUGGGGAGCAUGUUGAGGAUGCGGACAUCAAGAUGGCAGAAUAG